AUGGUCAACGACCGCGUACGACGGCGAACGGCACAAAUUACAUUUUACAUAAUGCUAUCCCUACUCGAUGCACGAUGCGCUCGUCCUCGCGGAAAUACACGUAUAAAAAGAGAGAAAGAGCCAAUGAACGAACGAUUGACAGUUUAUUGUUCGAUGCGAUUUCCGAAGAUGGCGAAGUUUACAAUCGUAGUCGCGAUCGUAGUUUUGGCGAGCGUCGGUUCGCAAUCCCAAAGGAUAAUUAGGGAAACAGCCACGGAAGUCCCAGACGCGAAUAUCGCGGCCAUCCGGGACAUCCUGCAGAAGAUCUCGAGCGGAGAGUCGAACGCGAAGGACGACGAGAAGCUCGUCGAGAUCAUUAAGGACGUGAUCGUGAGGACCGCGGAGGAGGUAAAGAUGCCCGCAGGAUCAAUCGACGUGGCCGCGAAAAAAGCGCAGAUAUUGGUGUCUGAAUUGACCUCGGCGUACACGAACGCAAUUUACAAAUCCAAUUCGUUCGUGGACGCUCGAGAGAAUUUCGCCCGCUUUCAGACCACCGUCCAGACAAUCGUGGAUUUUAUCAAGAACGGCAAAUUUCUGAUAGACCUUCAAUAA